AUGUUUCCUGCUUCAAACUACAGUUCUGUUACUGAAUUUAUCCUGCUUGGCUUCUCCAGUGACCCUGCUUUAAAUAGAAUCUUUUUCAUCAUCUUUCUCCUUCUCUACCUCUGCUCAGUUCUUGCCAAUGGACUCAUCAUCAUUCUGAUCUGCCUGGAUUCUCAUCUCCACACCCCUAUGUACUUUUUCCUCAGCAAUCUCUCCCUCCUGGACAUAGGCAAUGUCACUGCCAUAAUGCCUCAGAUGUUGGUACACAUGCUUUCCAGUUCUAAGCUCAUCUCCUUUGAACGUUGCUGGAUGCAGUUAUAUAUAUUUGGUGUCAUAGGAAUCAGUGAGGGCAUCUUCUUUGCAGUCAUGGCCUAUGACCGUUACAUAGCUAUCUGCUUCCCACUGCGUUACAUGCUCAUCCUCAAUUGGGACCUGUGUGUGUGGUUGGUGGUAGGGGCCUGGGCUUCUGGUUUCUUUUUUUCCAUAUUCCAUGUUUUUUUUACCAUGAAGCUUCCUUUCUGUGGCCAUAAUGUGAUCAACCAUUAUUUCUGUGAUGGUCUCUCAGUUCGGAACCUGGCCUGCAGGGACACACACAUUAUUGAGCUGGUAGACUUAGUCCUGAGCAUCUUCACGAUGUUAAUCCCUCUGUCCCUCAUCCUGGCCUCCUAUGUUCGCAUUACCAUGGCCAUCCUCAAAAUCAAAUCCACCCAAGGAAGAUAUAAGGCUUUCUCUACUUGUGCUUCCCACCUAACUGUGGUCACUAUGUUCUAUGCACCUGUCAUAUACAUCUAUAUGAGAUCCAAUUCUAUUCACUCCCCAGAGAAAAUCAAGGUGAUCUCACUUUUCUAUAAUGUGUUUACUGCAUUCCUCAAUCCUAUGGUUUACAGCCUUAGGAAUAAAGACAUAAAGGCAGCAUUCAUCAAGGUAAUGAUGCGGAACAGAGUUGCCUAG